CCCGGAAGCGGAAGGAGGGAGCCGGAAGAGCUGCCGCCGCCCCUGCUGCACGUGCGCCGUGCCCGGUCACCGUGGAAGCCGAAGAUAGGAAAAAAAAAAAAACAAACCGUCUCCCGGGAGAUUGGGGAAGCCCCAAGGCCGAAAGAUGUUUAAGAAAAAUGGCAGUAAGUCGGAUAUGGCAAAAGGGGUGUUCUCCGGCGUCUCUUUGGUUUAAUGGUUCGACUUCUUCGGUUCUUCUCAGAAAGCGUCGACCGGCCCUCCUCAGGAGCGUGGGGGGGUUUUCCGAUAAACUCGUAGAACGGGAACGGAACAUCCUCUUCUCCGUGCACGUGCUCGUCGAUCGGUGGCGUUCACCGAGCCUACGUAAAGUCGUGUCGAACCCUUAAGGCGUCGGAGACCGGAAGCCGGCUGUGGCUGAUGAGCGCGUCCGCCAACUCCGUUGUACCUCCCAAGCGCUUAGCGCACCGCUCUGCGCACGGUCCUGGCUCUUCAAAGAAGCUUCCAAGGAAAAGUUCGGAGAACGAAGGGCCAGAAUUCCGAUCCAAGAAGUUGGAGAGGGGCAACAAAAAGCCCGGAAGAGUUGGCGUCAGGCAGUUCAGAAAUAAGCAGCCGGGGGAUAAGUUGGCUAAAAAACGACCGUUCCAGCAGGGAGAUAAAUCGACCGAGAAGAGAAAGUUUCAGCGAGAGAAUCAAGAUGACGGGUCGGCAGCUAAGAAACCCAAGUGGGAUGACUUCAAAAAGAAAAAGAAGGAAUUAAAGCAGAGCAGACAGAGCAACGAUAAAAGCGGCUAUGACGUCGUCAUGAAGGCAAAGCUGAUUUGGGAAAGCCUAAGAAGAAAAAACUGCGACAGAGAAAAGCGGACAAAAUUGAUGAGUGAACUGCAGAAGCUGCUUCGGGGGAAAAUUAAAACCAUUGCUUUUGCGCACGAUUCAACUCGUGUCAUCCAGUGUUACAUUCGGUACGGAAAUGACAGACAAAGAGAAGAAGCUUUCGAAGAACUGAAAGAGAAUUUGGUUGAAUUGAGCAAAGCCAAAUAUUCCAGAAAUAUCGUGAAGAAAUUUCUAAUGUACGGAAGCAAACCCCAGGUGGCGGAAAUCAUCAGAAGUUUCAAAGGCCAGGUGAGGAGGAUGUUGCGGCACGCCGAAGCUUCUGCCAUCGUCGAGUACGCCUACAACGACAAAGCCAUUUUGGAACAGCGGAACAUGUUGGUAGAGGAGCUCUAUGGCAAUACGUUCCAGAUUUACAAGUCAGCGGUUCACCCGACUCUGGAUAAAGUGCUGGAGGUGCAGCCUGCGAAACAGGAGGCUAUUAUGGAUGAAAUGAAACAGAUUCUCACUCCAAUGGCCCAAAAGGAAGCUGUUAUUAAGCACUCACUGGUCCAUAAAGUGUUCUUGGACUUUUUCACCCACGCGCCUUCGAAACUCAGAUCGGAAAUGAUCGAAGCGAUCAGAGAAGCAGUGAUCUACUUGGCGCACACGCACGACGGCGCUAGGGUGGCCAUGAACUGUCUGUGGCACGGCACGCCAAAGGACCGAAAGGUCAUUGUGAAGACGAUGAAGACCUACGUCGAGAAGGUAGCUAACGGCCAGUAUUCUCACUUAGUUUUGCUGGCGGCUUUCGACUGCAUUGACGAUACUAAGCUAGUGAAGCAGUUAAUCAUCUCCGAGAUCGUCAGUUCCUUGCCCGACAUCGUCAACAAUAAAUACGGACGGAAAGUCCUGUCGUAUUUGCUGAGCCCCAGAGAUCCUGCUCACGUGGUACCGGAGAUCAUCAAGGUUUUGCAGAAAGGCGACGAAAACGCUCACAGUAAAAAAGACCCAGCGAUCCGCCGGCGUGAACUGCUGGAAGCCAUUUCCCCGGCUCUGUUGAGCUACGUUCAGGAGCACGCCCGGGAAUUGGUGGUGGACAAAGGGUCCUGCGUCCUGGUGGCCGACGUCCUGGGACGUGCAGUCGGCGGGGUCCAGCCCGUCAUGGAUGCCGUCGCCGACCUGGCAGCCGCGGAACUGAUUCCCGGCGGCGAGGAUGGGGAGCUUCACGUGGCCGAGCAUCCGGCGGGACAUCUGGUGCUGAAGUGGCUAAUAGAGCAGGACGGAAAGCGGAGAGAAAACGGAAGAGAAGGUUGCUUUGCAAGAACUCUGAUAGAGCGUGUUGGCGUUGAGAAUCUCAAGUCCUGGGCUGGCAUCAAUCGGGGUGCCAUUAUCCUCUGUUGCCUCCUCCGAAGCUGCGAUCAGGAAGCGGCGGACGAAGUUAGAGCUGAACUGAAGAGCCUUGUCCCCGAAUUGAAAAAAACCACCAACGCCGGCAAAGGGCUAGCCGCUCUGCUUGAGAAACUGACCGCCUGAGAGGAGAGGGGAUAUCGAAGAACGAAUCUGAGACACUUUCCCGGCCGGGAGAGGUGUGAGACCGUCGGGUCCGGCCCGGUCCCCCCCCCCCCCCCCCCCCCCCCACGGGGCUGACCUCGGGACUGGGGCGCGAGGGAGGGAGACCAGACCAGGUGUGGUUUUCUUCUUCCCCGCCAUUCUUUGUAACAGUCGGUGUAAAAGCGACCCGAGGAAAUAAACGGUUUCCCGAA